AUGGCCCCGCCGCCGCCGAGACGACCGGCUCCUCCCCUCCCCACGAUGCCGACGCCGACCCGCCCGACGCACUCGACACACCCGUCUGAAGUUAAGGCCGACACCCUGCCUGCUUUCUACAAUGCCGACGCGCUCAAGAGCCUGAACGGUAACGCGACUGUAACUCGCGAUCCUGCUCGCCGACGAGCAGGUGCGUUCCAGAAGUUCUCUCCGCGAACGCAACAGCCGUGCUCGCCGCGCUCACCUUACUCUCCCCGCCGAACACCGCGGACCCCUCGACGACGAUGCUCCGCCAUGGCCACAGGCAGCCCGCAAUGGUACAAGACCGUGGGCGAGGCGAGCGUCGAGCGCGCUCUUGGCAGCAUGAUGCACAGUCUGCGUCUCGCCGCCUCCUCCCCCGGCCGCGAGAUCUCCCACUGGAGCAGUAGCACCGAUGGCUCCAGCUCUGGUGCGGCGAGCAGCUUCGCCUCCUUCUUCCGGGGCAAGACACAGUCUGCCGACUCCGCUCCAACGGCGGACACCUCCCUCGCCUCCAACAGCAGCACCAAGCCCGCUGACGCGCCGAACACUGACGCUGCGUCGAUCAAGUCCGUGAAGAGCGCACACAGUUUGCGUUCCGUCCGCUCCUUUGCCAGUUUCCGCUCCGCCCGCAGCGCCAAGUCGGUCGCCGCGGCCUCCACCAAAAGUUCCAGGAGCCGCAAGUGGCACUGGGGUCACAAGAACGAGGGUGAAGAAAUUCCGCCGAUCCCCGCGUGGCAUGCGGCUGAUGCUGAGGCGGCACCCGCCCACCACUUUGCCGAGGGCAGUGAGGGCAGCAGCGGCGGGUAUCAUCCCUUCAAGGAGAGGCCGCGCAAGAUCGUCGAGGGAUUCCUGAAACGCCUGACGCCAAGACGGAGCUGGAGGCAUAGAGAGCUCUUCCAUCUGUCCGAACACUGGUGGCACCGAAAGUACGGAGACAGGCAGCUGACACUCAGACCCCGCCAGCCACAGGGAAUGUACCUCCAAGACCCUUCUCCCACAGUCGCCGAGCAUGUGUACGUGCACGACGAGAGUACUCCCAGCUCCCUUGGCCGCGCAUCUGGUUCGGCAGUGAGCACGCCCUUCGAGGACGACGAGGUGCUCCGCUCAAGCGCGAAGGCGCUCGCCGUGCUCGGUCUCAUCGACAGCCGGCACGCGCACAGCAACCACGGUCACAGCCCGCACGUCAGCCGGCCCCAAUCGCUUGCCUCCGACGGCCACUCCGAGUCUUCUCAACGAGGCAGCAACGUGCAUCUCAAGACCGCUAGCGGCGGCGGUCUGCGUCGCAGCGACGCCCGCGCUUCCCGAAGCCCCGCGCGUAAUCGUGCUUCCUCUCGCCCAGUGCGCAGAACUGAGGCGAGCGCGAGCGCAGAGUGGCCGACCCGUCCCCACUCCGCUGACGGGGAGCGCGCCACUGCGAGCGCGCUUCCGCCUCGCAGGAGCAGCCUCCGUAUUCCACCCGUGCGCCGCAUCGAGUCCGCCAGCGGAAGCAGCGGCGUUCUCUCUCCGGCGCCGAGCUUCUCAAACCUCUGGGGAUCGCGCUCAUCUUCUGCCGACGAUGGAGUCGAGGAGACGUGGGCGACGCCGCCUCCGCCGCCUCGCCGUCGCCCGGGACUUCCUAACAGCUCUCUGUCCUCGUUCAGCUCUGGUCAGCUGAGCUCCAACCAGAGCUUGCGCUCCUCGCUCGACGUUGCGAAUCGCCGCAGCCCCGCGGGUAUUCGAAGCUUGCAGCACGUCUCGACUGUUGCCUCCCACAUGGCCGAGGUCGAGGCUGCCGACAGUGACGAGAUCCUGACGCCGCGGAGCAAGGCGAUGUCCACCUUCUCCUCUGACGCGUACGACGAGCAGGACGCCGUCACGUUCGACACGCCGCGCCGCUCCCGCCAGCCGACGAGUAAGGGCUACCACUCGCCCCGGAUGCAUGCUCUCGUGGAGGACGGCAAGAUCCACGACUCGCUCGCGAGCCUGAGUCUCGACGAGGGACACAUGAGCCAGCGCCGCGCACGCGCUGCUGCGCUCGCGGCGGCAGCUGACCCACUGAAGCCGCGCCGCCUCAUCUGCGAGAUGCGCUCGAGGAGCCGCUGUCGCGCCUCCGAGACGGAGGCCGAUGCGCCGAUCGACUUCUCCCGCUCCCCGGCCGAGAGCGCGCGCAGUAUCCCCCUGCCCCCCUCGCCGGACGCUUUCCGCACCUGGACGUGGAACGACUCGGACACGUCCCUCCCCUACGGCCGGAAGGGAUGCCACUCCCCCUCGGCCAGCGUGCAUACCUUCGGUCCUGGCGGCAUGAGCCACCUCCGCUCCGGCAGCGUUGACACGAUGGCCUCGCUCGCGAGGAGGGGCAGCAUGGCAUCUGCCGGGUCGGUGUAUACCGUGCGCGACUCGGACACUGUCGAGCUGCUGUAUGGGCAGUAUGGCCAGCCGAGCGAAACGUGGGAGUAUGACGAGGGCGACAGGCCGAUCGACUUCACUCGCGCUCUGGCGUACUCCCAGCCCACGACCUGGACGCGACCGGGUACACCCGAGGAGUACGAGGACCACGUUCCUGUGACUGUGAACAACGGUGUGACUGUUUGGUGA